AGCACUCCUUCCCUAGCUCUAUACUUGUUUGCUUCCUUUGUUUUUGUAUCCUUAUAUUCUUUCUUUAAACAAACUCCCUCCUCUCUGAAUCCGCCUCUUUGAUAUCCAUACACAACAAAUUCUGGGAUGCUUGAAUGUCCAGAGAAAGGGAGAGAUUGGAUGAGAUAGGAAAAAAGAUCAAAAGAGAGACAGAUGCAUCUUCUCAAAUGGGAAGGAGACACUUAAUUGGUCCUUCUGGGAACUUGAACACUCUUACACCCUGUGCUGCAUGUAAGCUCUUGAGAAGAAGGUGUGCUGAAGAAUGCCCUUUCUCCCCAUAUUUCUCUCCUCAUGAACCCCAAAAAUUUGCUGCUGUUCAUAAAGUUUUUGGUGCAAGCAACGUCUCCAAGCUGCUAAUGGAGGUGCCAGAGAGCCAAAGAGCUGAUGCAGCAAAUAGUCUGGUUUAUGAAGCAAAUUUAAGGCUGAGAGACCCAGUAUAUGGGUGCAUGGGUGCAAUUUCAGCUUUGCAGCAACAGAUUCAAUCUUUGCAGGCAGAACUUAAUGCAGUGAGGACUGAGAUAUUGAAACAAAAAUACAGAGAAGCUACUAAUAACAUCAUUUCUUCUACUCCUGCUGAUUUAGUUUCUUCUGGGGUUGUCUCGAUUGUGGCACCGCCACAAACUGUUCCUCCUCCUCCUCCUCUACCAUCGCCACAGCCAGUAUUGCGGCCGCCUCCACCUUCUAUUGUCACUUCUUUGUCUUCUUCGCUAUAUACACCACCACCUACAAGCACAGUGGGUUACAGCUCCAUUAUUUUGAGGGGUAAUGUCCCAUAUUUUGACUGAAUUCAUAUAACUCUAUUAUUUAGUCCUUUUUCUUGCUUCUUUUUUUAGAAGAAUAGUUUAAAAAAAAAAAAAAAACAGUAGAAUGACCAAUUGAUAUAUUAGGAUUGAUA